AAGAAGAAAAACAUCGGAACUUCUUUUGACUCUUCCAAGGAAACAAUGACCCUUUGCAAAGGAAAACUUUUAUUCCAAUACUUUUUGAAUAACCACAUUAAUCAUGCAAGAUAUUUUUCAUUUACACAAUCAAAUCUCUCCAGAUAUGCCAAAGAUUUUAUAGAUCCUAUUGUAGACAAAGAAGAGUUGUCAAAACCAUUAGAUGAAUAUGAUACCAGACGGCAUCGGCCAGUUAAGGCUGCUAGAACUGAAGAAACAAUUAUGGGUGACCAAGCUGUACAGAAAUUUAUAAAUAUACUUAUGAGAGAUGGGAAGAAAGAUGUGGCAAGAAAUGUAAUAGAUCAGACUUUUGCUAAUAUUAAGAGAAAACAAUUAGAAAGAUACCAUAGAGCUCAAACACAAGAUGAGAAGGAGAAAAUAGAACUAGACCCCAUUAAAAUAUUUCAUCAAGCCUAUGAAAAUUGUAAACCUGUUUUGUAUACAAGAACAAAGGUACAUGGAGGAUUUAAAUAUAAGGUACCUUGUCCAUGUGAAGGCAAUACACAAUCAUUUAAGUCCAUGAAGUUUUUAAUUACUGCUGCUGAAGAGAAAGAUAAGAAAAUAAGAAUGUGGAAAAGGUUAUCCCUGGAAAUUAUUGAGGCUUCCAGAAAUGAGGGUGUUGCAAUCAGAAAGAAACAGAAUCUACACCGAGAGUGUCAAGCUAACAGAGCAUAUUCUCAUUUUAGAUGGAGCAAGUGAAAACUGUCAAUAGACAUUCUGUUUGUGGUAGCAUGUUUCACAUGUCAUAGAGUGCUUCUAUAUUUAAAAAAGUAAAUGGCCCUGCUUCUAAAAUGAAAAUCUGUAAACUGGUAAUGGUUUGACAAUAACUUUUAGAUUUAAAAAAAAAAACACUUAUUAGACAAGCAUCUAUUCCUUGAGUACUAAAUCACCCUGACUAUAGACUAGAAAUGAACAUAUUGACAUUUUUCUAAAGCGAAAUAUAAAAUUUAAGAACAUUUUGACUUUAAUUAUUAACAUUUAUUGCCCAAAAUUAAGUUUUUGAAAUGGAGAGAUAAGUACAAGAUGCAAUUCAUGUGGGAAUAUGUUCUUGAGUAAGGCUUGUGGUCUAUAUCAUUUAUCAACAUGUAUGAAUGAGCCAAGAUUUUGUUUAAUUUAGGCAUAUUGUUGAAUCAACAGACAUUUUAUUGUUGUAUAAGUCAUGAAAAGGAAAUAUUUUAUAUAGAAAAUGCAAAAGUACACAGAUUCAACAUUUAAUUCUUCAAAUUUGUGUAAUUUUAAAGUACACUCAAAUUCAAGGCUAAGUUGACCCCAAAUUGUAACUUUUCCUUUCAUGGAUAGAAAAAAGUAUGGUUGUUUUUUAAAAUGUUUUUGAUAUUUGUUAGUUUAUGUAAAAUUCAUUAGUUUUUUUUUUAGAUGUUUACAUCUAUUUUUAUGUGAAUCUGUGUGAGGAAAUCUACAAACACUGAUUUCAGAGGCAUUGUUCACAAUCUUGAACACUGGGGUGCUGUUACAAAUAUCCUCUCUGUUUAUCUUUAAAAAUUCAUUAUUAUACUAUUCUGUUUUAUGAGUGUAAACUAUUUUUUCUCAAUAUACUGUUGAUCAAAUUAACUGAAGACACUCAAAGGACAGUUAAAUGUUCUAACAUAUUUUAAUUGCAACAACUUUUGUGCAGUUUAAAUAAAAAUGAUAUAAUUUUA